UUGCAAAAGAUUUUUUAAGAAGCACAUUUUAAUAAGGUAUUUUUAAUAAGGCCUGUGAAAGAAAAGCCAAUCUAUGGAUCAUACAAUAUAAAAAAAUUUCUAAUCUAUGCACUCAAAUUUGGAGUAUAUGCAAGCUUACGAAAGAAUUCUGCAAAAUGUGUAGUGAAGUCUUUUCUUCGCAGGAAUAUAUGAUACCACAAAUCUUGACGGAUAUUAAAGAGAAACCAUUUGUUUGUGAUGUGUGCAACAGAGGGUUCUCUUUUCGAGGAAGUUUAAAGAGACAUUUAAGGACGCAUACGAAAGAUAAUCUGUGUGCUUGUAAUGUGUGUUAUAAAACAUUUUCUGUGUUAGGAAGUUUAAAGGACCAUUUACGGACGCAUACGAAAGAGAAACCGUAUGUUUGUGAUAUUUGCAGUAAAGCUUUUUAUCGAAAAGGAAAUUUAACGGCCCAUUUACGGACGCACACGAAAGAGAAACCGUACAUUUGUGAGAUAUGCAGUAAAACGUUUUCUCAACGAUCAAAUUUAAAGACACAUUUACGGACGCAUACGAAAGAGAAACCGUAUGUUUGUGAGAUUUGCAGUGAAGCUUUUUCUCAAAAAGUUGAUCUAAAGAACCAUUUAUAUACGCAUAAGAAAGAGAAACCAUAUAUUUGUGAGAUAUGCAAUAAAGCGUGUUCUCAAAAAAGAAGUUUAAAGAUACAUUUAAGGACGCAUACAAAUGAGAAACCAUAUAUUUGUGAGGUAUGCAACAAAGCGUUUACUCUAAGAGGAAGUUUAAAGAUACAUUUAAGGACGCAUACGAAUGAGAAACCAUAUAUUUGUGAGGCAUGCAACAAAGCGUUUACUGUAAUAGAAAGUUUAAAGAUACAUAUAAGGACACAUACGAAAGAGAAACCUUAUAUUUGUGAGAUAUGCCAUAAAGCGUUUCCUGGACGAAGACACUUAAUGAUACAUUUAAGAACGCACACGAAUGAGAAACCGUAUGUUUGUGAGAUAUGCAGUAAAGCGUUUUAUGUGCCAGGAAAUUUAAAGAAACAUUUAAGUACGCAUAUAAAAGAGAAACUGCACAUUUGAAAUGUAUUCAAUAAAACAUUUUCUUGUGGAAUCUUUUCAUGGAAAUAUUUUCUGACGCAUACGAAGCAGAAACCUCUGUGUGUAAUAAAGCAUUUAAUGCAAAAGGAAAUCGCAGCCCCAUUUACCGAUCCAUUCUAAAGAGUAACUACAUGUUCGUUGAGUUUGUAAUAAAGUAUUUUCUGGUCGAAACAUUGAAA